GAGCUCUUGUCGUUGGCCAAACGGAAACGCAGUGACUCUGAAGAAAAGGAGCCGCCUGUGAGCAAACCUACAGCAUCUUCAGACUCUGAGACGUCAGACAGUGACGAUGAGUGGACUGUUGGAGGUUCCAAAAACAAAAAAAAGGGAAAAGCGGGUAAGGCAGAGAAAAAAGGAGCCAUGAAGAAGCAGAUGAACAAAGCUGCCUCUUCAGGCAGCUCAGAUAAAGACAGCUCGGCUGAGAGCUCAGCACCUGAAGAGGGAGAAGUCUCUGACUCUGAAAGCAACAGCUCCUCAUCUAGCUCAGAUUCAGAUUCUUCAUCUGAAGAUGAGGAAUUCCAUGAUGGCUAUGGAGAAGAUUUGAUGGGAGAUGAAGAAGACCGAGCUCGACUGGAACAAAUGACAGAAAAGGAGAGAGAGCAGGAGCUGUUUAACCGGAUAGAGAAGAGAGAAGUGCUAAAGAGAAGAUUUGAAAUCAAGAAGAAACUAAAAACGGCAAAAAAGAAAGAAAAGAAGGAGAAAAAGAAAAAGCAAGAGGAAGAGCAGGAGAAGAAAAAACUCACACAGAUCCAGGAAUCCCAGGUCAUGUCACAUAAUAAAGAGCGGCGAUCAAAGCGGGAUGAGAAGCUAGACAAGAAAUCUCAGGCAAUGGAGGAGCUAAAAGCAGAAAGAGAGAAAAGGAAGAACAGAACAGCUGAAUUGCUUGCAAAAAAACAGCCAUUAAAAACUAGUGAAGUAUACUCUGAUGAUGAAGAGGAGGAGGAGGAUGAUAAGUCUAGUGAGAAAAGUGAUCGCUCAUCCAGGUCUUCAUCCUCUGAUGAAGAGGAAGAGAAAGAAGAAAUUCCUCCUAAGUCCCAGCCAGUGUCCCUGCCUGAAGAACUAAACAGAGUACGAUUAUCGCGACACAAGCUGGAACGCUGGUGUCAUAUGCCCUUCUUUGCCAAGACAGUCACUGGCUGCUUUGUCCGUAUUGGCAUUGGAAAUCACAACAGCAAACCUGUUUAUAGGGUUGCUGAAAUAACUGGUGUGGUAGAGACUGCAAAGGUUUACCAGCUUGGUGGUACCCGGACAAACAAAGGACUACAGUUGCGGCAUGGCAGUGAUUCACGUGUGUUUCGUUUGGAGUUUGUCUCAAAUCAGGAGUUUACUGAAAGUGAGUUUAUGAAGUGGAAGGAAGCGAUGUUCUCUGCUGGGAUGCAGCUACCCACGCUAGAUGAGAUAAACAAGAAGGAAGUGUCCAUCAAAGAAGCCCUCAACUACAAGUUUAAUGACCAGGACAUUGAGGAGAUUGUGAAAGAGAAGGAAAGGUUCAGAAAAGCACCUCCGAAUUAUGCUAUGAAGAAAACUCAGCUGUUAAAGGAGAAGGCUAUGGCUGAGGACUUGGGGGACCAAGACAAGGCCAAACAGAUUCAAGAUCAGCUUAAUGAACUUGAAGAGAGAGCAGAGGCCCUGGAUCGUCAACGAACAAAAAACAUUUCUGCAAUCAGUUACAUCAACCAGAGAAAUAGAGAAUGGAAUAUCGUUGAGUCCGAGAAGGCUCUUGUGGCUGAAAGUCACAGCAUGAAAAACCAACAAAUGGACCCCUUUACUAGGCGGCAGUGCAAGCCCACGAUAGUGUCUAAUUCCAGAGAUCCUGCUGUCCAAGCUGCCAUCCUUGCCCAGCUAAAUGCAAAAUACGGGUCUGGUGUGUUACCAGAUGCUCCAAAGGACAUGAGUAAGGGUCAAGGGAAGGAUAAAGAUGUGAACUCUAAAUCAGCCAGUGACCUCUCAGAAGAUCUUUUCAAAGUGCAUGACUUUGAUGUAAAGAUUGAUCUUCAGGUUCCCAGUUCAGAAUCUAAGGCACUGGCCAUCACCUCCAAGGCUCCACCAGCAAAAGAUGGUGCCCCUCGGCGAUCAUUGAACUUGGAGGACUACAAAAAGAGGCGGGGGCUUAUUUGAGCAUGCCCACUCUGCUGCUUCUGAUCCUGCAUGCUCCAUGACGAUGUCCUACCUUUUCUUCCUCCCUUUUCAGUUCUCCCUUCUGGGUUGGAGCAGCAAUGGAGCUGGGAAGAGACUCUAAAACUGCCAGUCAUCUGUAACAUAAACCAUUCAACUAUUUACUGUAUAGACCUCCCUUCUUGCCCUUUCUUCCUGCCCCCCUCACAAAUGUGGAUCUGUGCUAUUUGGGGUUUUCCCAUUUCUUUUAGUUUGAGUUUUGUUUUUAUUUUGUUGAUGCAGCUCGUUGGUCCACUCUGUGUUCAGUAUUAGCCUGAGGUCUGGAUUUCCAUAGGAAUCUCUUGGUGGCCGCAGAAUCCGCACUUGGUGAUCUCCCUUUACAUACCACCACAGGCAUGGUGAAUAAACAUUGGCGCAAGACCUUUGUGGCUGGAAGGUCAUCUGCACUUUCUUCCUCCUCUUUUUCCUCCUUCAUCCUAGCUUUGGAGAAGGGAAUCUUCAAAAACUGGCUUAGGUUCAAAGUGUAAAUUUUUUUGGGAGGGUUGUGUGACUUUUUUUCAGGUGUUUUUUAUCAUUUUUAAGCUGCAGUACUAUUUGUAUCCGUCUGUCACAGUUCUUUACGGCUGUUUUGAAUUUCUACCAGCUGUACUUGAGCAUCUGAAACUGCAAGAAAGAAACUCAUUAAAUGUGAUUCUUCUUACUAAAACGGCUUGGCUGAUAUAGCUGUUUAACUUCAUGUUCCAUUUUUUUACUUACACUUAACUGAUGAGAGAGGUACACAGCUCUUGAUGUGGGACUUGUCAUCUAUAGCACAUCUGGAGUCUCCAGCUAUAACUGAGUGGAGUAGCUUUUUCUGGGAUGGCCCUGGGGUGCUCAUUGGUUGGGCUUUAAUUUGUUCUUCAAGCCUCCAAUAUUACAUAUUUGUUAAGUCAUCGUGUCUUCACUGGGCUCCAGCUCACUUUGUUUCUUGCUUUGUGAACCAUUUAAAAGGGGCUUCUAUAAACAAACAAAAAAUUUAAAAAAAAAAAAAAAAAUCACUUUGUGUGGAAGGGGAAGGACACAGUAAGGACAUAGUAGAAAGGUCAGUGGGCAAUGUAUGAGAGGUAGCUGAUGUACGUUUUUCAUGUAUAAACCAGUACAAGUGGAGUGCAACACUAGCACAAGAAUUGUAUGGCUUUAUGGAAUAUUUGACUGGACACAAGGUGACAGCUAAAUUAUCACUCAGGUGUUAAAAAAAAAUAAAAAUAAAAAAAAAAUCAGAUUGUAAAUAUAAGUGACAUUUAACAAAGAACUUUUCCAAACAAGAUACAACUGAAUAUAUGGAGCUAAGAACUAAAUUAAAAGAGAAUUAGAAGUCUAAAAGGUUAGAGGCCCUCGUUCAGGUAAGCGUGCAAGCACGUGUUUGUUCCUACUCAGGCCAGUACAUAUAUAAUAACUUAAGCACUGAACUGGAUAGGAAUGUUUCUGGGGGACCCUGAAGAGGGAAAAUGCUGAUGCUCUUCUUGUGUCAGAGCAUUACUGUUUUUCUGAAAUCAUGCACUGGUUACGUUUAAACCUGUGUUUGAUACUUUCUUGUUGGAUUCUUAAUGAAACUUUAAUCUAGUUCUUAUUUAACUUUCUCUUCCUUUUUUAAUAGUAGCUUUAAAGAAACAUCAUGUAAUUGUGUGCAGAUUGAUACUAUGAACUGUGUAUAAAAAGAAAAUCAGCCUAUGAAGCAGCUCUUCUCUACUAUGUAAACGAAUAAUUAGGAAUCCUUUAAUACUUAUUUACUGCAUAGUCCAUAGUUCUAGGACACAUGUGGGUUAUUCUGUAAAUAAGUAAUCAUAGACUGCUUUAUUUGAUGGCCUAUUUUAGCAGCUUCUCUGGAGUUGUAGUAGGCUCUCACGUAUAUGUACUUUUAACUUUUUAAGAGUGGGUUUAUGGAAUCUACCAUGACAACUUCAUAGGAGACAUCGUGAUUCACUGUGUAGAUAUGCAUUUGAUAUGUUUUUUGUUUUUUCAACAGCUUCAAUGAUGAUACAGAUUUGUAAUAAAAAAAUCUAAACUUAUUUUACAAUAGCCAGUUUUCAAAAAAAUCACUCUCCAAUGCUUUUCAGAAAUUAAUUGCAAAAUCAAGCGAUUCAGGAACUGAUUUUUCCACAGAAAGGCCUCAGAGCUCUGAGGCUCAGUGACGAGUGGUCUCUAAAGGUAAAGUUAACUCAAAUUCAGUAUUUUUAAUAUGUUUGCCCUUGAUAUAUUGGUUUUAGGUAACUCCUACAUUUGGUAACACAGGGAUAGUCUAUACUACAGCCAAAAUGUCGACGAGACCUGUACAGUGUUGUGAGUAACUUUUAGUGGAGAUAACCGAAACGAGAGGAGAAUGCGGUAAGUUUAGAAUGCAGGUUUGAAUGGUGGACUAUGUCCCACUUAUCUGCAGCUAUGAAACUGCCGCUUACCCUCUCAAAGUCUCUGGAUUCUGCUGAAAUACUGUUUUUAAGAGGGGCAACAGUCAGUAAGUUAUCAUACAAACCUCUUAUAUUGAGAAUAAUACAUCAAGAAAGUACUCUUGAAUAGUUACAGAACUGUGUAUGAAAGCUGUAAUCUUUUUUCCUUUAAGUGCAUGUAAAGGUGAGUGACUACACCUCCCACUCAUUAGAGAGGGAGAGAUUUGUUUGCUUUGUUUCACUGGUGUCCUAGCAUAGUUCAUCACAAUUGUACAGACUUCUAUAAAUAAACUUGGUUUGUUGGUUUAAUAAGGUUGAUUGUUUAUCCCUUGAUCUGAGGUGCUAAGGGUUUGCUAUCUGGAAUUUGUUUUUUCAGGAAGUGACACUUCAUUUAUCAGUCUGGAUGAUUUUAUCUACAAUACUAAUACUGUAAAAUAAUUAAUGAAAUGUAAGCCCCCUCUUUUGCAAGAGCAGCUGUUGUCUCUAGUUACUCCAAUGACUGGAGUUCCUUCUUACCACUAGGAUCAAACAGAGCCUCUUGGAAGGUCAGUUCACUUGCACCUCUGCUGCAUUUCACUAAAAACACAGACUUUGCUUGUCCUGUAGAAAUUCUGACUACUUUUGUAAUCAAAGAUGCUGAAGCAUGUAGCUGAACUUCGAGAGGCUACUGAAUGAGAUGAAGCAAGACUGUUAUCAGGGGUUGUGUGGUGGGAGGAUGAGACAUAUAACAGGCUUAAGUUGAAACAGGGCAAGUUCUGCCAAGAUGUAAGUCAGAGAGUGGACUAGCUUGCCUGGAGAGAUUUGUUGUUCUGUCUCUCUUUUGGAGGCUUUCAAAAGAAGGCUGGAUUAAGCCAUGGGUAGCAUGGUCCAGCCUUGUAGCUUACCCAGUUUUGAGCAAGAGGGUGGACUGGAGACCUCUGUGAGCUCCCCUCUGACCUGAAUUUUCCUAUGAGUCUAAGUAAUUUCAUAAUGCUUUCUCCAGUUCUGUCUGUCUUCCCUGUGCGUACUGCCCCCUCCCCAUCCUUCCAACAUGCAGCACACAGAAUUUGUCUUACAGGCGUGGUGGCUUACCGUGAGCAGUGUGGCAUUUCCCAACACAUACCCUUUCUGAGACUCUCUGGGGCGUGUAUGUCUGUAGAGUUCAUGCUAGGGCUGUCUGUUAAACAAAAUCCUCCCUAUAGAUUUAUCACUGAACAGGCUGGAAGGCUCAGCCUGUUACACUGUAGAUAACUGAGGUUUGAUCAGCAAAGUGUUCCUUAGAUGCACUUGGAACAACAAAAUACAUCUCGAGUUUUCCACCUCCUUAUGAGCUUUUUUUAAAUGCAUGUGCUUUUAAGCUGCUGUGCAAGGUCACGGAUUUUCAAGGAAUCUUUGGGACAAAAGGGUCUUGAGGAUACAUUGACAGUUUUUAAGUGGCUUUGGGAAGGAAAGUCAACUAAAGGAAAAUAAUGUUGUGCCUCAAAGGAAAAGGUGGAAGCGGAAGAAGGUGAGAACUGAAAAUAAGGAGUUUGCACAAAUGCUUCACUGGUGAUACAUGCUGGGAAAUAAAAGGCACAUGGAUGCCAUCUCAAAUUUGGACUUUGGCAUCUUUGUUUUUCCCCCCCCCAUUUGAACUAAAAGAUAGUUAAGCUUGUCCAGACCAUUUUGAAUUUUGGGGUUCCUAGUUGUGGGGAAAAAAGGACAGUAACUUAGUCUUUUAGAUGGAGAUGCUUAAGUAGCCAAAUAAAUGGGUGAAUUUUCUUGUUUUAUUUGGAAUGGUUAAGCACUUGCUGGUUCUACCUUACCACCACCGUCAUCAACUGCUUGAGAUUUUAGCCCCCUC